AUGUUUAGUUCUCGAGUCGUUGAUUUUGGACGGCUCAGGAGCUUUUUAACUUUUUUUAAAAUUGGAAGAGUAGUAGUUCCCCAAAAUCUAUUCUGCCAUUUGAAGUGCGUGAGGACUCUGACUUUAAGAAGUUGUGGGCUAGAUGAAAUCCCAGCCGAGAUCGGAAGGUUGCUUCAUCUACGACACUUGAACUUGAGUGGUAAUCCUUUCAUUACACUGCCAGAAGCUAUAUGUGAUCUCUAUUAUCUGGAAACUCUGAAUAUCAUUUUUUGUGAUAAGCUUUCGUGCCUUCCUGAAAGGAUUGAAGGUCUUGUACACUUGAGGCACCUUUUCAAUGAGAACACCGAUGAUUUGCGUCAAAUUCCACAAGGACUCGGGAAGCUGACGUCACUUUGUACUUUGGGUGGGUUCAUCGCCAGGAGCAACUCUGAUGAUUUGGCAAUUCUGAAGGACCUGAACCAACUGGAAAGAUUGGUCAUUGAAAUCGAAGGAGAAGUAGAUUUUGGGAGUGCAAAACUUGGCAAGAAAAUCAACAUGCGUGAAAUGUUUUUGUUCUUUAGCGAUGGGACCCACUUUAUAGAAACUCCAAGUUGCAUUGAAAGCAUGGAACCACCUCCAAACUUGGAACAACUUGCGCUAGUUGGCUAUCCAGGAGCCAAGUUACCAAGUUGGCUUGUGGCGAAAUCUCACGCUAGUAACUUGACGAAGCUAGUUUUUGCUAGCCCCCACAACAUCUCAUCCUUGCUUGCCUUGCGAAAGCUAUCAUCCCUAGAAGAGCUCAAGCUCAUGGAAGUGGAAGAGCUAGAAUGUUUGGGUAAGGAAUUCUUCGGAGUUACAAAAGCACUACAUGAGAAUAGUCGUGAUGCUCUUGAUACAUUGUCAAACUCCGAGUCAUCAUCCUCAGCUGAAGCAGUGGCAUUUCCGAAUUUGAGAAAAUUACAUUUUGAGGACUGCAACAAUUGGACAAAUUGGGAAGACUUAAGUGAAGAUGAUGAAGAAGUUGCGGUCUCUAUCAUGCCACGCCUGGAGGAGCUAAAAAUUCAAUACUGUCAUGAGCUCGAAACUCUGCCACAUCGCAUCUUCAGAAAGAUAUCAUCUCUCAAAAUUUUGGAUAUUCGACAUUGCAACAAGUUGAGGGAUCGUUACUCUGACAAAACAGGAGAUGACUGGAAAAAGAUAUCACACAUUCCUCAAGUUCACAUAUUUUGA